GAGCAGGUCCCUGGCUGCCCUCUCUCUCUCUCUCUCUGUCUGUGGCUCCUGCAGGCGCCGAGGGAGGAUGGCAGGGAGCUGUCUGCCUGGGGCUGCUGGAAGGAGCCUCCUCUCUGCCCUGCUCUGGCUCUGGCUGAGGCAGGAGGCGGAGGCCGGGGCUGCAGGGAAGAGGGAGGUAAUCAACAUCCAGAUGCACCAUGAAAUCAUUAUACCUCAGUGGAGAGCAUAUGGAAGCUCUGGCAAAAAUAAGCAUCCUCCCAGAGCAGAAGUCAUUAUAACAGCAGAAGGAAGAAACUUCAUCUUAGAUGUUGAGAAGAACACGGACCUCUUUGCACCAAACUACACCGAAAUUCAUUAUACUGAAAGUGGAAUUCCACAAACUGUCACACUGAACAAUACAGAUCAUUGCUUUUACCAUGGCAUAGUGAGGGGGAUAGAAGACUCAAGUGUGGUACUCAGCACCUGCAGUGGUCUACGUGGCCUUAUAACAUUAAGGAACAACUUGAGUUAUAUCUUGGAACCACUUCCUCACAGCCUGGAGCAACACUUGAUCUAUAGGUCAGAACAUCUCAAGAUUCCCAGGGGGAGCUGUGGAAACCAGAAUUCAGGGUCUAUGGCCAUGGACUGGUUUAAUGAGUUGACAGGCCAAGCUGAGCCAGGUUAUCACAGGGUAAAGAGGGAUGAUCAGCAGUCUACGAAAUAUGUGGAGCUUCUGUUAGUGGCUGAUUAUGCAGAGUUUCAGAAGAACAAUUAUGAUAUCCAAGCAACCAAGAAUAAAUUAGUGGAGGUUGCAAAUUACGUAGACAAGUUUUACAAAUCUCUAAACAUACGGAUUGCUCUCGUUGGACUUGAGGUCUGGAAUGACCACAAUAAGUGUGAGAUCUCUGAGAACCCACAUUCAACCUUGUGGUCCUUUCUUUCUUGGAGGAGAAAAAUACUCAAACAUAGGAAGCAUGACAAUGCCCAGCUGAUCACUGGCAUGUCCUUCCAUGGUACUACUAUAGGCUUGGCUCCUUUGAUGGCAAUGUGUUCUACCUAUCAGUCUGGAGGAGUGAAUAUGGAUCACUCUGAAAAUGCAAUUGGAGUUGCUGCCACAAUGGCCCAUGAAAUGGGGCAUAACUUUGGGAUGAGCCAUGACUCAGCUGGCUGCUGCACUGCCAGUGCUAAAGAUGGAGGGUGCAUCAUGGCUGCUGCAACAGGGCACCCAUUUCCCAGGGUUUUCAACAGGUGCAAUAGGAAGGAGCUGGACCGAUUUCUUCAGUCUGGUGGAGGGAUGUGUCUCUAUAAUAUGCCAGAUACUAAGACUUUAUAUGGAGGACAGCGGUGUGGAAAUGGCUAUCUGGAAGAAGGGGAAGAAUGUGAUUGUGGAGAGGUGGAGGAAUGUAAUAAUCCUUGCUGCAAUGCUGCUGAUUGCUCUCUGAAGCCUGGUGCUGAGUGUGCCCAUGGAACUUGUUGUCACCUGUGCAAGUUGAUCUCCCCAGGAACUCUUUGCCGGGACCAGGCUAGACCGUGUGACUUGCCUGAAUAUUGUACUGGCAGAUCGCCAUUCUGCCCUGCAAAUUUCUACCAGUUGGAUGGCACUCCAUGUGUGGAUGGGAGAGCCUACUGCUACAGUGGAAUGUGCCUCACUUAUGAACAACAGUGCUUGCAGCUCUGGGGUUCUGGAGCAAGGCCUGGACCUGAUAUCUGCUUUGAGCGGGUUAAUGCUGCUGGAGAUUCUUACGGAAACUGUGGGAAGGACAUCAAUGGCAGAUACAAGAAGUGCAACACAAGAGAUGCUAAAUGUGGCAAGAUACAGUGCCAAAGCUCUGCUUCCAAGCCUUUAGAGUCCAAUGCUGUUGCAAUCGACACAACCAUCAUGUUAAAUGGAAGGCAGAUCCACUGUCGUGGAACUCAUGUAUAUCGAAAUGAAGAAGAUGAAGGGGAUAUGUUGGACCCUGGAUUGGUGAUGGCAGGAACCAAGUGUGGAGACAGUCAUAUUUGCUUUGAAGGACAAUGUCGGAACACCUCCUUUUUUGAGACUGGAGACUGUGGGAAGAAGUGCAAUGGCCACGGAGUUUGCAACAACAACCAGAACUGUCAUUGUUUCAGUGGAUGGGCACCUCCUUUUUGUGAUAAACCCGGGAAUGGAGGAAGCCUAGACAGUGGCCCCAUGCCUCCAAAAAGUCCACUUCCAAUCAUAGCAGGAGUCCUGGUUUCUAUUGUACUUUUGAUUGUGAUUGGAGUGGCUUUUUGCUGCUAUAAAUGGAGAGCCAGGCUUGUGCCACUAAAGCAGAUGAUCAUAACACCAAAGAAAACACAGCAAUUCCGCACCCCUCCUCCUAUUCAGAAUGUUGCUAAUGGUCAUGCCAACCCAGGCUUCAAACUGAAAACUCCACAGGAACAGAGGAAGGUUCUUGGCAUACAGAGUAUUCCUCCUAAACCAGAAGUGCUUUAUUGCCAACCGCCUCCAGAGGUUGGAGUCCAUGCCCAGCUUCCACCUCCUCUCCCAGCUAACUAUACAAGGAAAUCUCCCAUUCCAGUGUGUCCGAGUGAGGUAAAGAAUUUGCCCAGACGGACUCCACCAAAUAGGCCAGCACCUCCAGCUCCUAAAAUCACUGUUCCACAGAAUCCUUCCCGACCCCAACCACCUCAGAAAGCUCUUCCUGCUAAUCCAGUUCCUGCAAACAACAGAGCUGGGAUGCCUAGGAUAAAUACAAGCACAGCAGCAGUACCAUCACAUGGUUCAAGGAGUGUGGGACUACAUCAGACCUUGACACAGAACUCAGCCCUCAAGAGUGUGGAAGCAGUGAAUACGCAAAAGUUUAGAAGCUGAAUUUCACCUUUCAACUUUGAUAUUCACAUCGGCAUCUUUCUGGUUUGACCUGGGAUUUCCAUGGGCUUUCCCCCCUGGGAGGAUGACAUAUGAGAGUCAUGUACAACUCUCAAAUUACUCUCCUGCUUCUCAUGUGACUCACAGAAGCCAGUUUCAGGGAUGGCUUUAGCAAAAGGAUCUACCAAUCUUGGCACAGGUAGACUCCCUUGAAAAUGAGAGGAGAUUCCAUCAUUACACACCAAUUGACUUUCUGUGUGUUUGUUUCUCCUUCCUUAUUACAGGAUUUACAUGCUUUAAAUGGCACUUACAGGUUAUAGUGCAAUAUGCUGAAAUGAGAGAGCGAGAGGCCUCAGUUUGCUCCCAGAUGACAAUCUUAAUCAGCCUCUCAUCAUGAGCCAGUGCAUUCUUCUCAGUUUUCCCAGAACACCAAUGUACAUUGCUAAAAUCAUAGUCAUAUGAAGAACACAAAACUCUGAGGCCCUUGCUGUUACCUUGUGGCUAAUAAAAUUGCCUCCAAAGUACUUUACAACACAUGGAAGCAUUUCCCAGCCUUGCUUAAUUUUGCAAGAUAGACUCUUUGGAGGAGAAUUUCCUCCUUCUUCUAAGAGAAUUCUCCACUUCUCAGUCUUUUAUUUGUGUAUUUUCCCACUGUUAUGGAUUUUUCUGUUCUUCUGUGGGGUGAGCCAUCCACUUCUCCCAGUCAAAUAUUUCCCUGAUUAUUGAUUUCAGGUCUUGGAAACAUUAGUGGCAUCAGUGCAGUGAGCUAUUACUCAGCUUCUGUGGUCCUUUGAAAGCUAUGCAGCCCUGUUCCCAUUUGGGAUCUUAACAACAGGGUCUGUUUGGCUGAACAGAAUGGUGUUGUUGGUUUUUUUAUUUUUAUUUUUUUGUAGGGGGGGACACUACUCUUGCAAUAGCCUUCACGGAUCUGGUAUUUUAGAGAUUCCACACUGGGCUCCAGUUGUCCCUUCCUCUACUCUUUUAGUCUCAGCUGUGUUUGUAUCAGAUCUACAGUCAGAUGUCUGCCAUGCUCACUCCUGCAGGUGAGAGGUUAGAGGUGACCAGCUUGUGUUUCAUUAGUAUUAAAUUCCAAAACAUAUUACUAGAGGUAUACUAAAGAAUUGGGGAUGCAGUUGAGGAGAAUAAUUUCCUCAUUGGAAAUAUUAGGACAAGCAGGACCAUUCCAUCACAAAUACAGACUCUUGUCAGAUGCAUCUUUUGAGCUCUUUUUUCUCCUCUGUAGAGUAUAGGAUCACAAUGGUGGGGAAGAUGUUGCUUCUCCAGAUGUUUUGAACUUUUGCUUCCAAAAGACCCAGACAGCAGGACCACUUCAAUGGUUUAUGUGAGCUGCAGUGCAAAACAGCUCUUUCAGUUCCUGCUCUGCCAGACACAUUGUAUACUUUGAUGUAUUCAUACUUUUCCCUACAAGGGCAUUAUAUCCAUAUGGAAGCAUUUCAAUGUAUGAAGCAGCAUCAGAUUUUAAAUUCUAGGUUAUUGAGCAAUCAAGGGAAUUGUGAGAGAGCAAUUAUUUGAGCUCCAGAUAACCCAAGUUUUGAUCUUAUGCUGGUGUUUAAGAAAGAAGUACCUUGCCAAUCAGUCAUUAGUAAUUUGUUUUCACAUAAUUAAUGGCAUGUAAUGAUCAGUUCUGUCACUUAUCAUUUUGUUUACAUAAUCAGUACACUCAGCUUGAGUUUUAGGGAACUUAUCUUUCAUUUGGACUGGACUUGUGUACUCAGGAAAUUUGCUUCUUUUGUUUACUUCAGGUUAUCUACAUUCUUGACCCAUAACCUGGGUUAUUCCAAAUUUACACUUACCCCUCUCUACCUAAGUGUUUGUUUAUAGCUUUUAGUUAAUACCAGUUAUUGCCAAGCAAUUUGGAAAUAACUUUUGAUUAAAUCUCAGUGGAUCCAAAAUGCCCUUUGUAUUUAGAAAAAUUCAAUCCAAAUCUCUCUAAAAACAGCUCCAAAUUAGAAAUGUAAACUCUUUAGUAUUCUUUGAGGAAUUGAAAUAAAUAAAUAAAAGGGUUUUUAAAAAAAAAAAAGAAUUGUAAUCUCUUGGAAACCAGCUCUAAAUUAGAAUUAGAAAAGUAGAAAGAUCUGAAGAGAUUAAAAAGAAAAUGAUAACAAAUCUGCAAUAAGACAAAGAGGCAGUAUAGACCAGCACUUCGUGCCAGCCUGACUGCAUUCUAGGGGUGAAGAAGGGCUGAGUGUUUACAUACUCAAAGCCCUUCUUCCUCCCCCGGGGUGCCAUCUUGGUACAUGCCUAUUUACAUGGGGUGUGCCACGAUGAAAUCCCUUGUGCGCACCUAAACAGCACUGUGCACAACGGGCAUCAUAACCACAGCAGUUAUGGCACCCCUUCUAUGGUGCAAAAAGAAGCCCCUUUUUGGGACUUCUUUUUGCUCCAUGCACAGGCUGCGGCGUGUGGUUACCACGGCCUGCUUCUGGGGCUAAAAGGGGUGGUGUUGAGUCCCAAAGUGUUCAGACAAGGUAAUUCAAAUGAAUUCCAUAAGCAUGGCAUAAUGGGUAGUUAGCUAUAGGUUACCCUGUUACCACACUAUUUUGCUGCACAUCAUUUCAAAUGAACAAACAGAUUCAUUUAUAUACAGCUUCAUACUGAACUAACAAUAUCUAAGCAGUUUACAGCUGUAAGCCAGUUGCCCCCAACAAUCUGGAUACUCAACAGACAACCAAAGCUCAUAAGCUUUGUGCCAUCCUUCUGGGUCCCAUGUUCCAAUUAACUUGUGGUUACUUAAAUCACUCAUCUAAUUUGGUGUCCAGUUGGCUCAAAAGAACAACCAAUUUGCUUCAUGGUGCUUUAAUUGUUGGGCAGGUCAUUAUAUUCAAUGUUUGUCUGCAACAUUACUGAAUGGAGGCUUUGCGUAUAUUCUCUCAGGUUUUAAAAGUUUGUCUUUUCUUCUUUUUUUUGGUGGUGUGGUAAUCUUUUUUCCUUGUGAAUCCCCCCCC